CGUGCCGGCGGAGAGCACUUCCGGGGCAGCGCGGCAUGGCGGCGCCGGGCCGACCGUCGAGGAGCAGAGUGUGAGUGGCUGCGCCGUUGCGUUGGGCCCCAGGAGAACCGUGUGUGAGUGUGUGUCGAGCAUCCUGCGUGGCCGUUGCCAGGUAGGUGUGCCUUCCUUUGCAGUAAGCAGUGCUUAGGCGUGAGCCCAGCUCAUCCCCCUGUCCUCAGCAGAUGGGCUUUCUGCGUGCUUUACUGCUGUGCUUGGUGCCGUACGGCACAGCAGCAGCAAGGCCGUGAACACGUACGUAGCCAGGUAGAUGCAAAUGUGCAAGUGAUGGUAUGAAUACUAUUGUUGUUAGUGGUACUGAGACAGUGGUCGUGCGUGUGUGAUCAAGCUCAGGGAGAAGUUGAUUCUUGCCUGUUCAGCUCUUGCUGCCGUGCAAGUUUGGCGUCCCUCCUUGUGGUUGGGUCGGAAGACCAAGGCUAUCUUGAGAGCACGUCUGUGAGUCAGGCUGGGAGUUUUUGCUAGCAGGAAGUCGCAGCGUCGGAGCGCACGAAUGGAAUGAUGGCUCUCGUUUGCCCCUUGUAGAAAGCAGCCUCCUGGAGAGCAGCAGAGCAGCAGGCUGUCUGCGCUAUGGCCGCUGAGCUGCAUUUCUCGCCCCCUGAGAUCCCUGAGCCCACGCUGAUGGAGAACGUGCUGCGCUACGGCCUCUUCUUUGGAGCCGUUUUCCAGCUUGUGUGCGUGUUGGCCAUAAUGCUGCCAGUUCCCAAGUGCCCAGAGACAGACUCGGACGGCUUGGAGUCUAAGACUUGGGAGACGGUGAAGAAACCAAAGGCAAGUGCUGCACAGCUGAGCAAGAAAGGCAAGAAGGAAAGCAAAAAGAAACGGUGAGGGCUUGAGCGCUAAGCCUCAAAGGCCAAAGGGAGCAGCGGGAAUGCUUCGUGAGAGGUGCUCCAAAGGCAGCGCACUGUACGUCUGGUUUUGUGGCGUGGCCGUGCUUUCCCUUGCAUGGACAUUGGAGAGGAACUGAGGAAGCUGGAAGGGCUUCUGAUGCGUGACCAACAAAUCGGACUUUGCCUGUGCGGGAUUUCAUGUCUGGCAAGAGCUGGGGACGCUGCAUUCCUUCAGGGUCCUUCAGCUCGAUAGCUGUUUCAGAAUGUUGAUGAUGAGGUGAACUUACCGCAUGUGGUUGGUCAUGAGCGGUAUCCUGGCUAUCUUACUGUCUGUUGACAUAUCUACAAAAUGCAACCCAAAUCCCUUAGUUUAAAAUAAAAGGGAAAGAAACCUUUUCAA